AAAACUCCGUAACGGCAGGGUUUUGGAGGUUUAGACUUCUUUUUUGGGUUGAAAAACGCCUUGUUUGUUCUUUUAAGAUUUAGGGUUUUCAAAUUCUCUUUUCUUUUGUUCCUGAAUUAGGAUUUUUGUGUGAGGCGGCUAGGGUUUUCAUUUGACCAUCUGUCAUCUAUUAUAAUAUACUGCAUUCCUUCAUCUUCAUUUUUUCAUGCUGCUCUUCCUUUACCUCUAGCAAACUUCCCAACAAUUUCUUGCAUUUUUUUUCCCACUUCUUUUAUUAAAUUCCAUACUUCAACUUUAAGAAUUCUCAUAGUUUUUUCAUCUUUAAACUCGUUUUUCAUCCAAAUUAUCUUCUGGGUACCUUUUACUAUUCGCUGAGCAUUGAGCAUUCAUUAUCUCCAGUCUCAAGUUUUUCGUUUUGGAUUCUUUUUUAUACUGGUUUAAUUGAUAGCAUUGAUCCAAUACGCUUUGGCGGUUGAUUUUUGGUAGAUUAAUUGAAAGUUAAUAGUCUUGGGAUAGAGUUGGAUUCGAUUAUAACCUUUACUGAUAAUUGUCAGUAUGAAUUACCCUGAAUCUCGCUCUUCCUUUAUGAGAACGCCCCAAUCAACUUAUGCUGGCAGUGAUGCUAUUGGGAUUUGGCCUGAAUUUCCUAUGAAUGAUUGGCAAUUUGACCCACAUUCAGAAUUUGAACAACAACAGCAACAACAACAACAAUCACCUCCCUUCAAAAGACCUAGACAUUCUGAGGACAACCAAUCGAAUAUUGUGCAAUGCACUCCUACAAUUCCCAGGAUGCCCUCAAAUCCUCCAACCAAUAAGGGGACAACUAAUAUUUUCUUCAAAACUCGUAUGUGUGCAAAGUUUAGAUUGGGUACUUGUAGGAACGGUGAAGGUUGCAACUUUGCUCAUGGCAUCGAGGAUCUGCGUCAGCCUCCUCCAAAUUGGCAAGAACUUGUUGGCGGACGCGAGGAAGAACGCCCAUCGGGGAAUUGGGAUGAUGAUCAGAAGAUAAUACAUCGGAUGAAGUUGUGUAAGAAGUAUUACAACGGAGAGGAAUGUCCGUAUGGGGACAGAUGUAAUUUUCUUCAUGAAGAUCCGGCGAAGUUCAGGGAUGAUAUGGGGAGGUUUAGGGAGAGUUCAGCUAUUAGCAUUGGAACAACAGCUCCUCCUGCAGGGCAUGGAACUGCAUCCGAGCAAUCAGAAGGUAAUAGGCCCUUAAACGGUGGCAGUUCAGAUGCUUUUCGAGGAAAUACGAAGCCUGUUUAUCCUGUGUAUUGGAAAACAAAGUUAUGUACAAAGUGGGAGACAACAGGCCAUUGCCCCUUUGGUGAGAAAUGUCACUUUGCUCAUGGGCAAACAGAGUUGCAGGGCAUGAAUGGACGCAUUGAUGGUGACUUCGGGAAUAUGGGUUCUGGUUUGACAAGGAUUGGUUCCGUUUCAACAAAAAUUCACAACCUUCCUGCUAAUGAUCCACCUCCAGUGACAUCAAGUGCCCUUUCUUUGGAUGAAAAAGCCCAGGCUAAAAAUUGCUUGUUCAAGUGGAAAGGACCUAGGAAAAUCAACAGGAUUUAUGGGGAUUGGCUCGAUGAUAUGCCAUUGGUACACAAUUUGCCAAGUCAGGUGGAGAGCUGAAUUCAAGUUCAAGAGCUGGCAACCUUCCUUUUUUCCUCUUAAAGCUUAGAAGGGAAUACUAUUUGCCUAUUCAAAUUUUGUCUUAGUUGUUAGCUAUGGUGGUUUUCUUUGUUUGGUCAAAUAGGGUCUUAAAUAUUGAUUGUUAUCCUUCUUUCAUGGGGCUGAAACAAGAUCAAGUAAUUUUGAGUAUAAAGAAUCACAGCAAGAGUUCAAUCGUUUGUUA